CCCCAGUAAUCGGAUGGACAACAAUAAACACCGGCAAUCAGAGUUAAAUGGUCCACUAAUUGGACUUUGCUAUUCAUUCUACCCCGAACAUUGCCAUCAAGAUGUCGUACCAAGGAUACCAGCAACUCCUCGUGGAGCAGCAGGGCAAGCUGCUCGUCGUCAAGUUCAACAAUCCGAAAAAGAAGAACUGCGUCAACAGGCUCACCUACCAGGAGAUUACCCGCGUGCUGACCGAUGUCAACGGCGAUGAGGGAGUGAAUCUGGUGGUCUUUACGGGCGUCGGCGAUUUCUUCACGGCCGGAAACGACUUAUCCCAGUCUUCCAAGAGCGACGAUCUCGACGCCUUCUUCAAACAAUCCAAUGCUACCUUUAAGGCCAUGGUUCUGAGUUUCGUUAACUGCAAGAAGGUAGUAUUUUCCCUGGUCAAUGGUCCGGCAAUCGGAAUUGGCGCCACCAUUGUGGGGUUGUGCGAUGUGGCCUGGUGCUCCGAGACGGCCUACUUCUACACCCCCUUCACCAAAUUAGGGCUGGUGCCAGAGGGUGGCUCCUCGUAUAUGCUGCCCUUGAUCUUGGGACGCUCCAAGGCAUCGGAAACUCUUCUCCUCAACGAACCCCUGAGCGCCCAAGAGGCCUAUCAGUUCAACUUCGUCUCACGCAUCUUCAAGCACUCCGAACUGGACUCGGUGGUUUGGCCCAAACUGCGUCAGUACUCCGAGCUGCCCACCAACUCCCUUCUGCAGGGGAAGCGCCUCAUCAAGGAGGGAUUCGUGGAGAAUCUCAUCAAGGCCAACGAGUCGGAGUGCAAGCAACUACUGCAACAGUUCCAGCAUCCCGAAUUUUUCCAGGCCAUCAUGGACUUUGCCAACCGAAAGGCCAAGUCCAAGUUGUAAAGGCUUUUUGGCUCCAUAUUAUCUACUAGAUUGGCCUGGCCUAUUUUUUAAAACAAUGUUAUCUACAUAUGAUUGUAAUUAUACAAAGAAACGGCUUGCGAAUUAA